AUGUAUUACAAGAUGACUCUCUCCAAAAUUAUUAAGCCCGAUAAAAAAACUGUAACUCCGUUGGAAGAGGAGAUUGCUCAGGCCUUGAGUGACCUUCAGUCUCAUGAAAAUCUAGGCGAAGCUAUAAAAGCUUUAUAUUUUUGCGAGGCAAAAGAGUUUUCAGUCGGCAAUGAAAAGGUUGUCGUUAUUUACGUCCCAGUCCCUCAACUUCGUGCUUAUCAACAAAUACACAACCGCUUGGUUGGAGAAUUAGAAAAGAAACUGCGUGGGCCUCACGUUGUUAUUGUUGCUUUCCGUCGUAUUCUUCCUAAGCCAAAGCGAAAGUGCAAGGCUAAUCCCAAACAAAAGAGGCCCCGGAGCCGUACCUUGACGUCUGUGCACGAUAAUAUUCUAAAGGAUCUUGUCUAUCCAGCGGAGAUUGUUGGUAAACGCACCCAUGUCAGAGUAGACGGAAGCAAACUUAUAAAGUGCCAUUUAGAUGUCACUCAACGAAAUUAUGUGGAGCAUAAGAUAAAUACAAUAACAUCACUGUACAAACAACUGACUGGCCGUGAUAUCGACAUCGUUUUUCCCGACUGGGUAUUGUAG